CCAGGUUGGGUUAUGAUGUGGGAGAGUGAGUGGAGGGGACAAGCAGUCCCAGCCCUUUUCCACCAUCUGACUGCUCCGUCCCCCCAGGGCCAGUACUGUGACAUCUGCACAGCCGCCAACAGCAACAAGGCGCACCCCGUGAGCAAUGCCGUCGACGGCACCGAGCGCUGGUGGCAGAGCCCACCGCUGUCCCGCGGCCUGGAGUACAAUGAGGUCAACGUCACCCUGGACCUGGGCCAGGUGUUCCAUGUGGCCUACGUGCUCAUCAAGUUUGCCAACUCCCCGCGGCCGGACCUCUGGGUGCUAGAGCGCUCUGUGGACUUCGGCCACACCUACCAGCCUUGGCAGUUCUUCGCCUCCUCCAGGAGGGACUGCCUGGAGCGGUUCGGGGUGCCGAGGCUGGAGCGCAUCACGCAGGACGACGAUGUCGUCUGCAGCACAGAGUACUCCCGGAUCGUGCCCCUGGAGAACGGCGAGGUGGGCCAGGCGGGAGCGGCGGGCCCCGCGGGGGGUGGCGGCAGUCAGGUACCACAUGCGCCAUUGCUGCGUGACUUCACCAAAGCCACCAACAUCCGCCUGCGCUUCCUGCGCACGAACACACUGCUGGGCCACCUCAUGGGCAAGGCCCUGCGGGACCCCACCGUCACCCGCCGGUAUUAUUACAGCAUCAAGGACAUCAGCAUUGGCGGGCGCUGCGUCUGCCACGGCCACGCGGAUGUGUGUGACCCCGUAGACCCUGCAGACCCCUUCAGGCUGAAGUGCGCCUGCCAGCACAACACGUGUGGGGGCUCCUGUGAGCGCUGCUGCCCUGGCUUCAACCAGCAGCAGUGGAAGCCGGCCACACCUGAGAGUGCCAACGAGUGUCAGUCCUGCAACUGCCACGGCCACGCGGACGACUGCUACUACGACCCUGAGGUGGACAGGCACAAUGCCAGCCAGAACCAGGACAGCGUCUACCAAGGCGGGGGCGUGUGCAUCGCCUGCCAGCAUCACACCACCGGCAUCAACUGUGAACGCUGCCUGCCCGGCUUCUACCGCGACCCCGACCAGCCCCUGGACUCGCCCCACACCUGCCGUCGUUGCAACUGCGAGUCAAACUUCACAGACGGGACGUGUGAGGACCUGACCGGCCGCUGCUACUGCCGGCCCAACUUCGCGGGGGCGCGGUGCGAGGCGUGUGCUGCGGGCUUCACGGGCUUCCCACACUGCUACUCUGUGUCCUCCCCCCGCAACUCCUCCGUGGCACAGGUGCAGCAGGCCGGACAGAUUGUGAGCUGCGACUGCAACGCUGGGGGGACCCAGGACAACGCCUGCCAGAAGGACCCGCAGUUCGGACGCUGCCUGUGCAAACCCAACUUCCAGGGCAUCUACUGCGAGCUCUGUGCCCCAGGGUUCUACGGCCAGGACUGCCACCCGUGCCAGUGUUCCAGCCCCGGAGUGGUGGACGGUGACUGUGACCGUGACUCGGGCCAGUGCACAUGCCGGGCGGGCUUCCAGGGGGCCACAUGUGACCGCUGCGCCCCUGGCUACUUCCACUUCCCCCUCUGCCAGUUGUGUGGCUGCAGCACCGCGGGGACCCUGUCCCAGGGCUGCGACGAGGCUGGCCACUGCCUGUGCCGGCCCGAGUUCGAUGGCCCUCACUGUGACCGCUGUCGCCCCGGCCACCAUGGCUACCCUGACUGCCGAGCCUGCGACUGCGACCCCCAGGGGGCCCUGGAUCAGCUCUGCAGUGUGGGCGGGGUGUGUCGCUGCCGCCCUGGCUACGCAGGCACCACCUGCCGGGAGUGCAGCCCUGGUUUCCACGGCUUCCCCGCCUGUGCCCCCUGCCACUGCUCUGCCCGCGGCUCCCUGGACGCAGCCUGUGACCCCCGCAGCGGGCAGUGCAGCUGCCGGCCCCGAGUGACCGGGCUGCGGUGUGACACGUGUGUGCCCGGCACCUACAACUUCCCCUACUGUGAAGCUGGCUCCUGCCACCCUGCUGGCCUGGCCCCCGCCGAUCGUGUCCUUCCUGAGGCACAGGCCCCAUGUACAUGCCGGGCACAUGUGGAGGGGCCAAGCUGUGAUCGCUGUAAACCUGGGUUCUGGGGCCUGAGUUCCAGCAACCCUGAGGGCUGCACCCGCUGCAACUGCGACCCCAGGGGCACACUGGGCGGAGCUGCCGAGUGCCAGCUGGGCAAUGGCCAGUGCUUCUGCAAGCCCCGCGUGUGCGGCCAGGCCUGCGCAGUGUGCAAGGACGGCUUCUUCGGGCUGGGCCAGGCCGGCUACUUCGGCUGCCGCAGCUGCCGGUGUGAUGUUGGCGGUGCGCUGGGCCAGGGCUGUGAGCCGAGAACGGGCGCCUGUCGCUGCCGCCCCAACACGCAUGGCCCCACCUGCAGCGAGCCGGCGCCGGACCACUACCUCCCUGACCUGCACCACCUGCGCCUGGAGCUGGAGGAGGCGGCCACGCCCGAGGGCCACGCCGUGCGCUUUGGCUUCAACCCCCUUGAGUUUGAGAACUUUAGCUGGAGGGGCUACGCACAAAUGGCACCCAUCCAGCCCAGGAUUGUGGCCAGGCUGAACGUGACCUCCCCCGGACCUCUUCUUGGCUCGUAUUCCGAUAAGUCAAACCGUGGGGAGGAGGGGCAAGUUUUGCAACCUGUCCCAACCUGUGAGUGCAUCGGGGGGCCAACUCCCACACCCCCCCUCCCCUCCCCACCUUGUCCCAGACCCCUGCGUCCACUCACACCUCCAUCCCACCCAGCCCCAGCCCAAACUUGGGCCAUGCAUAGGAGGGGAAGCCAGCCUGCCUGCUGGCCCUGCGGAGUGUGGCCUGGGGUGACCUGUCGGGGUUGUGUCCAUUCUUAUUGCCCCGCCCCCUCCCCACCUCCAGGCACGGAGCAGAGCCAGCCCGUGGCCUUCCCGCCCAGCACUGAGCCCGCCUUUGUCACCGUGCCCCAGAGGGGCUUUGGGGAGCCCUUCGUGUUGAACCCUGGAACCUGGGCCCUGCUCGUGGAGGCUGAAGGGGUGCUCCUGGACUACGUGGUUCUGCUGCCCAGCGCCUACUACGAGGCGGCCCUGCUGCAGCUGCGGGUGACCGAGGCCUGCACGUUCCGGCCGGCCGCCCAGCAUUCUGGGGAGAACUGCCUACUCUACACCCACCUGCCCCUGGAUGGCUUCCCCUCGGCUCCUGGGCUCGAGGCCCUGUGUCUGCGUGACAACAGCCUCCCCCGGCCCUGCCCCCGGGAGCAGCUCAGCCCCGCGCACCCACUGCUGGCUGUCUGCCAGGGCAACGACGUGGACGUCCAGCUGCAGGUGGCGGUACCGAGGCCAGGCCGCUAUGCCCUGGUGGUGGAGUACGCCAAUGAGGAGGCCCACCAGGAGGUGGGUGUGGCCGUGCACACGCCCCAGCAUCUCCCCCAGCAGGGGGCGCUCACUCUGCUCCCCUGCCUGUACAGCACCCUCUGCCGGGGCACCGCUCUGGACGAGCAGCACCACCUGGUGGCCUUCCACCUGGGCACAGAGGCCAGCGUCCGGCUCACGGCCCAGCAGGCACACUUCUUCCUGCACAGUAUCACCCUGGUGCCCAUGGAGACGUUCAGUUUGGAGUUUGUGGAGCCCCGGGUCCGCUGUGUUAGCAGCCACGGGGCCUUCAGCCCCAGCAGUGCCGCCUGCCUGCCCUCCCGCUUCCCGAAGCCGCCCCAGCCCACCAUCCUCAGGGACUGCCUGGUGCUGCCAUUGCCGCCCGGCCUCCCACUGACCCACUCGCAGGAGCUCACGCCGGGUGCACCCCCGUCUGGACCCCAGCCACGGCCCCCCACUGCCGUGGACCCCGAUGCCGAGCCCACCUUGCUACGACACCCCCAGGGGACGGUGGUCUUCACCACCCACGUGCCCGCCCUGGGCCGCUACGCCUUCCUGCUGCACGGCUACCAGCCCGCCCACCCCACCUUCGCCGUGGAGGUCCUCGUGAACGGGGGCCGCAUCUGGCAGGGGCAUGCCAAUGCCACCUUCUGCCCACAUGGCUAUGGCUGCCGCAGCCUGGUGGUGUGUGAGGGCCAGGCCAUCCUGGACGUGACCGACAGCGAGCUCACCGUGACCGUGCGUGUGCCCGAGGGCCGCUGGCUCUGGGUGGAGUACGUGCUGGUGGUCCCCGAGGACGCCUACAGCUCCAGCUACCUCCAGGAGGAGCCUCUGGACAAGUCCUACGACUUCAUCAGCCAGUGUGCCGUCCAUGGCUACCACAUCAGCCCCACCAGCUCGUCCCAGUUCUGCCGAGAUGCGGCCACCUCUCUCUCCCUCUUCUAUAACAAUGGGGCUCGGCCUUGUGGCUGCCAUGAAGUAGGUGCCACCAGCCCCACAUGUGAGCCCUAUGGGGGCCAGUGUCCCUGCCGUCCUCACGUCAUUGGCCGAGACUGCUCCCGCUGCGCCACCGGCUACUGGGGCUUCCCCAACUGCAGACCCUGCGACUGUGAGGGGCGCCUGUGUGACGAGCUCACGGGCCACUGCCUGUGCCCCCCGCGCACCGUCCCGCCCGGCUGCGUCACCUGCCAGCCCCGGACCUUCGGCUGCCACCCGCUGGUUGGCUGCGAGGAGUGCAACUGCUCGAGGCCCGGAGUGCAGGAGCUGGCAGACCCCACCUGUGACAAGGACAGCGGCCAGUGCAAGUGCAGACCCAACGUGGCCGGGCGCCGCUGCGACACCUGUGCUCCUGGCUUCUAUGGCUACCCCAGCUGCCGCCCCUGUGACUGCCACCAGGCCGGCUCUGCGCCAGGCGUGUGUGACCCCCUCACGGGCCAGUGUCACUGCAAGGAGAACGUUCAGGGCCCCCGAUGUGACCAGUGCCGCCUGGGAACCUUCUCCCUGGACGCUGCCAACCCCAAAGGCUGCACCCGCUGCUUCUGCUUCGGUGCCACGGAGCGCUGCGGGAGCUCCGUCCACACCCGCCAGGAGUUCAUGGACAUGGAGGGCUGGAUGCUGCUGAGCAGUGACCGGCAAGUGGUGCCCCACGAGCUGCGGGCGGAGGCGGGGCUGCUCCACGCGGACCUGCAGCACGUCCCCGAGACCGUCCCCGAGCUGUACUGGCACGCACCGCCCUCCUACCUGGGGGACCGGGUGUCGUCCUACGGGGGGACGCUCCGCUAUGAGCUGCACGCGGAGAGCCAGCGGGGAGACGUGUUCCUCCCCACAGAGAGCAGGCCAGACGUGCUGCUGCAGGGCAACCAGAUGAGCAUCAUGUUCCUGGAGCCGGGAUACUCGGAGCCCGGGCACGUGCACCAGGGGCAGCUGCAGCUGGUGGAAGGUAACUUCCGGCACACGGAGACCCACAGCGCCGUGUCCCGCGAGGAGCUCAUGAUGGUGCUGGCCGGCCUGCAGCAGCUGCAGAUCCGCGCCCUCUUCUCCAAGUUCUCCAGAGCCGUCUCCCUGGGCAGGGUGGCCCUGGAGGUGGCCAGCAAGAUGGGCGGGGGACCGCUGGCCAGCAAUGUGGAGCUGUGCAUGUGCCCUGCCAAUUACCUCGGGGACUCGUGCCAGGAAUGUGCCCCUGGCUACUACCGGGACAUCAAAGGCCUCUUUCUGGGCCGCUGCAUCCCCUGUCAGUGCCAUGGCCACUCGGACCUCUGCAUCCCAGGCUUGGGCACCUGCAUGGACUGCCAGCACAACACCGAGGGCGACCACUGUGAGCGCUGCCAGGCCGGCUUCGUGCGCAUUGGGACAGAGGACCCUGCAGCCCCCUGCGUCAGCUGCCCCUGCCCGGUGUCGGUGCCUUCCAACAACUUCGCCGUGGGCUGCGUCUUUCCAGGCGGCCGCCCCCAGUGUCUCUGCAAACCCGGCUACGCAGGAGCCUCCUGUGAGCGGUGCGCCCCUGGCUUCUUCGGGAACCCGCUGGUGCUGGGCAGCUCAUGCCAGCCCUGCAACUGCAGCGGCAACGGGGACCCCAACAUGAUCUUCAAGGACUGCGACCCCCUGACGGGCGCUUGCCACAGCUGCCUGCGCCACACCACCGGGCCCCACUGCGAGACCUGCGCCCCGGGCUUCUAUGGCAACGCCCUGCUGCCUGGCAACUGCACCCGGUGCGACUGCUCCCCGUGUGGGACAGAGGCCUGUGACCCCCAUAGCGGGUACUGCCUUGUACAAGGACCACACCUGUGCCUGCAGGAAGGACACUUCGGCUUCGAGGGCUGCGGGGGUUGCCGCCCGUGCGCCUGUGGACCAGCCUCCAAGGGCUCCGAGUGCCACCCCCAGAGCGGACAGUGUCACUGCUGGCCAGGGGCUGGGGGGCUCCAGUGCCGAGAGUGUGCCCCCGGCCACUGGGGGCUCCCCGAGCAGGGCUGCAGGCGCUGCCAGUGCCAGGAGGGCCACUGUGACAUGCACACGGGCCGCUGCACGUGUCCCCCUGGGCUCAGCGGGGAGCGCUGUGACACAUGUAGCCACCAGCACCAGGUGCUGGUGCCUGGCGGUCCUGGGAGCGGUGGCGUGCACUGCGAAGUGUGUGACCACUGCGUGGUCCUGCUCCUGGACGACCUGGAGCGGGCCGGCACCCUCCUCCCCGCCAUCCGGGAGCAGCUGCGAGGCGUCAACACCAGCUCCCUGGCCUGGGCCCGGCUGCACAGGCUGAAUGCCUCCAUCGCGGACCUGCAGAGCCAGCUCCGGAGCCCCGCAGGCCCCCGCCAUGAGACCGCACAGCAGCUGGAGGCACUGGAGAGACAGAGCAAGAGCCUCGGGCAGGACACCCAGCAGAUGGACAGCCAGGCCACAGGGGCCCGAGUCAGGGCUGGACAGCUGCUGGACAGCACGGAGGCCACACUGGGCCGGGCACAGGCGCUGCUGAAGGCCAUCCUGGCCCUGGACCGAACCCUGAGCGAGCUCAUGACAGACCACCUGUCGCCGGGCAAUGCCUCGGCCCCAUCCGGGGAGCAGCUGCGUCAGACACUGGCCAAGGUGGACCGACUGCUGGGGGAAAUGCGGGCCCGUGACCUGGGGGCCCCACGGGCAGUGGCUGAGGCCGAGCUGAAUGAGGCCCAGAGACUGCUGGCCCGCGUGCAGGAGCAGCUGACCAGCCGCUGGGAGGGGAACCAGGCGCUGGCUGCCCGCACGCGUGACCAGCUGGCCCAGCAUGAGGCUGGCCUCAUGGACUUGCGAGAAGCCCUGAACCGGGCAGUGGGCACCACGCGGGAGGCCGAGGAACUCAACAGCCGCAACCAGGAGCGCCUGGAGGAGGCCCUGCACUGGAAGCAGGAGCUGUUCCGUGACAAUGCCACUCUGAGGGACACUCUGCAGGCUGCCAGCGAUACCCUGGCCCGGGUCUCUGAGCUUCUGCACGGCAUGGACCGGGCCAAGGAGGAGUAUGAGCACCUGGCUGCCAGCCUCGAUGGGGCCUGGACACCGUUGCUGGAGAAGAUACGUGCCUUCUCCCCUGCCAGUGGCAAGGUGGACCUGGUGGAGGCUGCUGAGGCCCACGCGCGGCAGCUGGACCAGCUGGCACACAACCUCUCCAGCAUCAUCCGUGGAGUCAACCAGGACCGGUUCAUCCAGCGGGCCAUCGAGGCCGCCAACGCCUACAGCAGCAUCCUGCGGGCUGUGCAGGCCGCCGAGGGUGCAGCCGGCCAGGCACUGCAGCAGGCAGGCCACACGUGGGCGAUGGCGGUGCAGCAGGGCCUGGCGCCCCGAGCCCGGGAGCUGCGGGCCAACAGCAGUGCCCUGGAGCAGGCUGUUCUCAGGGAGCAGCAGAGGCUGGGCCGCGUGAGGGCCACCCUCCAGGGCACUGGGACCCAGCUCCAUGAUACCCGGGCCAAGAAGGAGCAGCUGGCAGCCCGGGUGCAGGAGGUGCAGGCCAUGCUGGCUAUGGACACAGACGAGACCAGCAAGAAGAUUGCUCACGCCAAGGCUGUGGCCACCAAAGCACAGGACACGGCCGCCCGAGUGCAGUCCCGGCUCCGAGACAUGCAGAGAAACGUGGAGCAGUGGCAAGGCCAGUACGGGGGUCUGCAGAGCCAGGACCUGGGGCAGGUGGUGCUGGACGCUGGCCGCUCAGUGUCUACCCUGGAGAAGACGCUGCCACAGUUGCUGGCCAAGCUGAACCUGCUAGAGAACCGUGGGGGGCACAACGCCAGCCUGGCCCUGUCCGCCAGCAUCGGCCGUGUGCGGGAGCUCAUUGCCCAGGCCCGAGGAGCUGCCAGCAAGGUCAAGGUGUCCAUGAAGUUCAACGGGCGCUCGGGGGUGCAGCUGCGUGCCCCUCGGGACCUCACUGACCUUGCUGCCUACACUGCCCUCAAGUUCUACCUCCAGAGCCCAGAGCCAACGUCCGACCAGGUCUCUGAGGAUCAGUUUGUGCUCUAUAUGGGCAGCCGCCAGGCCACUGGCGACUACAUGGGCGUGGCUCUGCGUAACCAGAAGGUGCACUGGGUAUACCGCCUGGGGGGCGCAGGCCCCGCGACCCUCAGCAUCGACGAGAACAUUGGGGAGGAAUUUGCAGCCAUCAGCCUUGAGAGGACCCUACAGUUUGGCCACAUGUCUGUCACUGUGGAGAAACAGAUGAGCCACGAGACCAAGGGCGACACAGUGGCCCCUGGGGCCGAGGGGCUACUCAGCCUGCACCCUGACGACUUCGUCUUCUAUGUGGGGGGCUACCCCAGCAACUUCACGCCCCCGGAGCCUCUCCGCUUCCCCCGCUACCGGGGCUGCAUUGAGAUGGGCACGCUCAACGAGGCGGUGGUCAGUCUCUACAACUUCGAGAAGACCUUCCAGCUCAACACAGCUGUGGAUAAGCCUUGUGCACGCACCAAGUCGACUGGAGACCCAUGGCUCACAGACGGCUCCUACCUGGAGGGCUCUGGCUUUGCCCGCAUCAGAGUGGAGAGUCAGAUCAGCAACACCAAGCGCUUCGAGCAGGAGCUGCGGCUGGUGUCCUACAGUGGGAUCAUCUUCUUCCUGCAGCACCAGGGCCAGUUCCUGUGCCUGGCCGUGCUGGAAGGCCGCCUCGUGCUGCUCUAUGACUUUGGUGAGGGCCUGCAGGAGGCCAAACCGACGCAGCCCCCUCCGCCCCUGACCAUGGCCAGCAAGGCGAUCCAGGUGUUCCUGUUGGGGGCCGGCCGCAAGCGCGUGCUGGUGCGCGUGGAGAGGGCCAGUGUGUUCAGUGUGGAGCAGGAGAAUGUACUGGAGCUGGCCAACGCCUACUACUUGGGGGGUGUGCCUCCGGACCAGCUGCCCCCGAGCCUGCGCCAGCUCUUCCCAUCCGGAGGCUCCGUGCGUGGCUGCAUCAAGGGCAUCAAAGCUCUGGGCAAGUAUGUGGAUCUCAAGCGGCUGAACACCACGGGCAUCAGUGCCGGCUGCACCGCGGACUUGCUGGUGGGACGGGCCAUGACAUUCCAUGGCCAUGGCUUCCUGCCCCUGGAGCUCCCAGAUGUGGCCCCCCUCACCAGCAGCGUCUACUCCGGCUUCGGCUUCCGCAGCACCCAGGACAGCGGUCUGCUGUACCACAGAGCGUCCCCGGUUGGGCCAUGUGAGGUGUCCCUGCAGCAGGGCCACGUGACACUCCGGUUUGUGACGACCGAGGUGAAGACGCCAGGGGGCUUUGCUGAUGGUUCCCCCCAUUAUGUCGCUUUCUAUAGCAACACCACAGGGGUCUGGCUCUACGUGGACGACCAGCUUCAGCAGAUGAAGCCCCACCAGGGGCCGCCCCCCAGGCCCCAGCCACAGCCACAGCCUGAGGGGCCCCAUCGGCUCCUCCUGGGAGGCUUGGGGGCGUCCAACACCAUCCGUAACUUCAGCGGCUGCAUCACCAACGUGUUUGUCCAACGGCUCAUGGGGCCCCAGCGUGUGCUCGACCUGCAGCAGAACGUGGGCGGUAUCAACGUGAGCUCAGGGUGUGCCCCAGCAGCCCCUGGCACCCAGGCACCAGUGCAGGCACCUCGAGGACUACAGGCCACAGUGGCUCAGAAGGUCUCCCGGCACACCCGGCAGCCCACCCAGGACUCCGCCUGCACGCCUCCUCGGCCCCUUGGGACCGUCCACGGCACCUACCAGUUUGGAGGUCCCCUGUCCAGUUAUCUGGAGUUCACAGCCGUCCUGGCACCCUUUGAGAACUGGGCCCACUUCUCCAUGGUGGUCCGCCCUCGCACCCGAAGAGGACUCCUGCUCCUCGCCGUGCCCCUGGCGGCGGGCAGCCCCUCCCUGGCGCUCUUCCUGAGCCACAGAUACUUUGUGGCUCAGACACAAGGCCCAGGGCCCGAGCUCCGCGUCCUGAGUCACCAGCGUUCAAAAGCUGACCAGUGGCACAAGGUGUCUGUGCGAUGGGCGAGGACUCGGGUCCAGCUGCAGGUGGACGGAGUCUGGACUCAGAGCCAGGAGCAGCCUGGCCAGGAGCCUGGCCAGCAGCAUCAGGGGGCAGAAGGCCCCCAGCCCUACACGCUCUUUGUGGGGGGUCUUCCUGUCCACGGCCCCAAGCUCCCAAUGUUUAUCAGCAGCUCCUGGUUCAGCGGUUGUGUGAGGAGACUGAUGGUGGACGGGCAGCCCCUGAGUACCCCCAACCGAAUGGUGGGGGUCACACCCUGCUUGUCAGAACCCCUGGAGAUGGGUCUGUUCUUUGCCGGCAGUAGGGGAGCCAUCACUCUAGACACCCUGGGGACCACCCUUCCUGACGUGAGCCUGAGGCUGGAGGUGCGGCCCCAGACAGCCACAGGCCUCAUCUUCCACCUGGGCCAGUUCCAGGUGCCCCCCUACCUAGAGCUGCAGGUGCUGGAGAAGCAGGUCCUGCUGUGGGCAGACGAUGGUGCUGGCAAGUUCUCCGCAUCGGUGACACUCUCCAAGGAGCUGUGUGACGGGCAGUGGCACCAACUGGCAGUGACCAAAAGCAGGACCGCCCUCCGGCUGGAGGUGGACUCCCAGAGCAACCAGACCCUGGGUCCCAUGCUGCGGGCCUCAGACAGCACCCCAGUGCCUCUGCACUUGGGGGGCCUGCCCGGACCCUCGGACACACAGGCUGGGCACCCCACCCCCACACACCCUUGGCCUCCAUUCUACCAAGGCUGUAUGAGGAAUCUGAUGGUGAACCGGGCCUUUGUCACCUUGCCGCGCUCUGCGGGUGUCCAGGGCGCGGUGGGGGCCAGUGGCUGCCCGGCCACAUAGGAGGACCUUCAGGGUGCCUGCUGUCCUAACAGCUUGCUGACACCACCACCCUCCGCCAGUCUCCUAGAUGAAGUUUGUAUAAACUUACCUAGACUUGAGUCUACAGGAAAUGGUUUAAGUUAUGUCUGACGUUUUAAAUGAAACUUUAAAAUACAAUAAAAUGGGUUUUUUUGUAUCGUUU